GACGUCAAGUUGACCGUUCCAAAAUGGCGGUCGCGUCAACAUAUCUGGAGCGGUCGAACGCGGCAUCUAUACAUAUAUAUGGCGUGAACUGCCAUUAACGAGAAGAAGACGACGAUUUGAAAUUGUGCAGUGUGUGAUCGAUACGUGCCUCGAAGUUUGACAUUUUAAUAUAGCAUGCCAUCGCUACUUUGAGCUCUGGACCGGAUUUUUUGUCCACUUGGCCUUGGAUGUUUGUUGCUGUGUGAAAUUAUAAGGAUUCAUGGAUGGAUGGUAACUUAAGGGAUGGACAGAGCAUAGUGUUUUCAUACUUCAUGAGAGUAUGGCUACAGUGAGUCAACAGACAGAACUUCCUCUUCGAGUAGAGGAGUGGACGAGAGAGCAGGUUCAUUACUGGCUGACUGAGGUGAUUAAAGUGGAUAAAAAACAUGCAGACAAGCUGUAUGAGGAAGAAGUAUCAGGGGAAGAACUAGUCUGUUACCAGCCCAAACAUCUGCAAGAACUUGGAAUGAAGCAGGGUCCAGCUGUUAAGAUUAUCACCCGGUUAGAGACGUUAAAGAAGGAACAACAAGAAUCAUAUUCUUCCUACACACAACAAACAGAAGCCAGGCUAGACGCAACAGUGGAAAACAAAGACAGCAUUUCAACAGAUCAAACAAAAAUAUCUAGAAAUAAUAAAAAAUCCAAGAGAAAAUCACGCAAAACAGAAAAAACAGAAUUUAGAAGGUCUAAUUCCAUAGAAGAAAUAAUACAUUUUGGAGAAGAUUCAAAGGAUAACAUCACUCAAAGAAGCAAUGAAAUAGAAGACUCACAACCAAGUGAACCGUUAAGCGCACCCCCUUCACAAAAUAAAAAUAUUUCACCCUCAGGAACUUCUCUUUGUACAUCUUUGAAAGAAACCGUACCAACAGAGUCAGCUGACCCUAAAACAUCAAGCAUUAACGCUGAUAAAAUAGUUGAAACAGAAAACAACAUGAGCAGUUCUGGAUUCGGACAGCACUCGUGUAGUCUCUAUCCAUUUGAUCAGAACUCUGUUUCUCAUCGAUAUAUUCAGAACUACACUCUACCACCAGAGUCGGGACCAGGUAAUCUGACAGAUCCAGUUCAUGAGUACAAGUUUAUGGGCAGAACAGAUGACAUUGAUGUGAUGAAGAAGAAGUUCAAUAAAGAGGUGUUUCGGUUUGCUGCUGGGUGUAUGAACAGCCGCACAAAUGGAACCAUCCACUUUGGUGUAGCAGACUCCAAAGAUUCUCAAUAUGCUCAUGCUGAGAUUAUUGGGGUCAGUGUUGAGAAGAAGGACACUAUCAUUGAUCAUUUUAAUCAGGGCAUUAAAUCAUACUUUGAAGAGCACACACAUGAAGCAAAGACUUGCAUCAGACAACCACGCUUUGUAGAAGUGCUGUGCCCUGAUGGCACCCAGUCUGGCAAAUAUGUCAUAGAGGUGGAUGUUGUUCCAUCCUACAGCAUAGUUCAUGGCAAGCUGUUUUAUAUACAGACUCUGGAUGACGACAAUCAAUGGAAAAAGAGCAAAGGAAAAUCACUCUUCAUCAGAGACGGUGCUGCGACCAGAGAUCUCUAUAAAAUUGGUAAUCCAAGAGACUUACAUGAUGAACUGUCCCGAAUAAAUGACCAAUUAAAUGUUAUGGACAACAGGAGGAAGGAGGCAGAAAAGAGGCCUGAAAGCAAAGGAACAUCAAACCAGGGGGAAAAGCUAAAGAAUCUGUUGACAUGUGGAGGAAAUAGACUGGAUCAUUAUGAUUACUACAUCAUUGUAACAAACAAAAGUCACCCCGAACAACUCCAGCAUCUUCAAUUCAUGACAACACUGAAACUGUUUUGUGUAUUGGACUUUGAUCCAAAGUCUGUAGUAAAUGGGUCCUGCCACAACUACAGAGAUGUUCGGAUUGCAAAUCUUCACAAACCAAGCCAGUUCCAUGGAGAUCCAGGAACUCUUGCUAACAAUCUCAACCUGUACAAACAAACAAGUUGGGUAUUUUGUAAUGGCAGAGAAGACCUCAACACUGAAUCUGACAGACCACUCAGACCAAGUGAAUGGUUAAAACAUAAAGCUGGAGAAGUACAGGACAUGAUCUCAUUCAUCUGCAAACCAGACACUCUUCCAAGAGGACGAUUCUUAGUCAUAUUCCUCCUCCUCUCCACUGUUGAGGCCAUGAAUGAUCCAGUUUUUGACACAUUCAUGUCAUUUUAUAAAAACCUUUUGGGUACAGAAAACAUAUUAAGUAUUUGCACUUCAGAUGCAUCCUUUCAAAAAUGGAGGGAUUUCAUUCAAGCCAGAUGUGAACAUGACAUCAGCCACCAGAGUAUAUAUGAUCUGGAGCUCAGUGAAAUCAAUGGGACAAUACUGAAACUGGGCCAGAACAAGCAAAAUGCUCAGAGACUUCUUCCAUCUGCUGAGGGCAGUACGGUGAUUCUACAAAAGAAAGAUGAGGAUCGUAUGACAUCCCUUAAUAUCCUGUGUGAAAAUGAAUGUGAAAACGAAUACGAUGAGAGUUCUGCAGAAUUUGAAGAGUUCAAAAUUAAAACCGAGUCUGAGUUCUACAGAGGAGGCAAAGUGAAAUGGUGGAACUUCUAUUUCUCAGAGCAACCUGCAGCAAAGCCAUUCAUAAAACGUGACAAACACUCAAAAUUAGAGAAUAGUAUCAGAUCGCAGACCAGAAAUACCAAAAGCACUUGUGUCAUAGUGAAUCUCUUUCAUCACCCAGGGUGUGGCGGCACCACCAUGGCCAUGCAUGUGAUGUGGAAUCUGCGAAAAGAAUUCAGAUGUGCAGUGCUGAAAGACAACACCAUUUCAAAGGAAGAAGUAGCCCAACAUGUUGCUCAUCUGAUAAAGUGUGGAAAAAGUGAGCAUUCAUUAAAAACACCAGUCUUGCUACUAGUGGAAGACUCAGAGGAAACCGAAAACACACUUGAACUACAGCAUUCCUUGAGAAAAUUCACGAGAGAAACAGGUGCAUUGGUUAUCAUCUUAAAUUGCAUACGUACAAAAACUCCAAAAGACAGACACAAGAAAAGUCUUGCUCAGAGUGAGUUCAUUACCGCAGAAUUGUCUGACAAAGAAAAAUGUGCUUUUGAAAUGAAGCUUAAAGAACUUCAAGAAAUAAAGUCUUUCACAACUGAGAACUUCUACAGUUUUAUGAUCAUGAAAUCUAAUUUCGACCCAGAGUAUGUUGCAAAUGUUGCAACUAACAUUCUGAAAGAUUUCAGAGUUUCAGAGAGUAAACAAACACGGCUUUUCUGCAUACUGGCUUUGCUAAAUUCAUAUGUUGCUGAACCAGCCGUCUCAAGAUCUAUAUGCGAAGAUUUUCUGGGCAUCAAAAAUAAAUUGUGGGGAAGAGAGUCUGUGCUGGACAAAAUGGAGCCCUACUCCUGUUUGUUGAUUGAAUUCGGGGCAGAAGAAUACGGGGGAUUUAAAGCAAUUCGCUUUGUUCACCAACAUCUUGCAACAGAAUGUGUCAAACAACUAGAGAAGACACAUAACUGCUCCAGGGCUGACAUAGUUCUUGACAUGCUGCAUUGUGAUGCCUUCUUCAAAACCUUUGCAGUGAAGGACAUUCUUGUUCAAUCGAUGAAAAGCAUGCUGAUCACUCGUCAACGCAAGACAGAAGGUGAUGAGAAAGACACCCUGUUUUCACCAAUGAUAGAAGACAUAAACUCAGGAGAAGAUGGUCUGAAUAAAAUACAAACCAUUUUUAUUACAGCUUCGCAAAGAUUUGAUAAAGACUUCACAAUUCCUCAGGCUCUAGCAAGACAUUUGUACCUGAAAAAGAAGAACUUUGCUGAAGCUAAAAGGUGGGCAGACAUUGCUAAAUCCAUCAAAGAAAAUUCGUACACAGUAGAUACAGUUGGACAAGUUGCAAAAAGUGAAUUGAAACACAAACUGGAGUGUAUAAAGCAAGAGAAGAAACCAUGCACAGCUGAAGACUUGAGGGAAUAUCUUGAGUUAGCAAACACAGCCACCAAAGCUUUCAGAAAAGCCCAAACCUUGGCAAAGACAGAUGAUGUUCUUGAAACAGAAGAGGAACUUCACAGAAAGCUAAGCCCAUAUAAUAUAUCUGGCUACAUGGGUGAAAUCGACACAGCCAUGACUGUUUUUGACAUCGUCAAAAAACUGCCAUUGUUUGAGAACGAUGAUCCAAUGAAAGAUCAUUACAUCCAGAGCUUUCUCAAAGGAAACCUGCCCUGCUCAAACAUCCCAGUUUCUAAAAAUGAAUCCAAUCAUGAAUUUGUUGCUGUUCUUCAGGACUAUGAAUCUUUCCUUACAUCUUUAAAAUCACAGGUGAAAGAGGCUUUUGACUUCCUUGAAAUUUACUUCACUUACAUGAAAGAAAAGGGAUCUGACAAUAUGAGAGAUGCAAAGACUCGCAAGAGGAUCUCAGAACACUAUCAACAAUACAUCUCUUUAUUCUGCACCUCUGUUGAGGAGAUGCAAAAAGAGCAAAAGCAGAAACCAACACUGAGUUUGGACAAGGAAAUUAAAGAAUGCCGAAUGUUCCUAGAGAAAAACAGGGCAGAUACAUUCCCAGGCCUUCUUCAGUUUUUGGAGCACAAAAGAGAGACGGUACAAAAGAUUGCUGAGAAAUACUCUUUCAUACAUGAGAAUUCUCCCAAUAAAAGUAUCAAGGACAAAACAAAUCACCUGCUUGCACAUAUAAUACUUAAGUUAAUUUGGCCAAAUUCAAAGUUUUCAAAAUGCCUUGAGGACCUCAAUGAGCUUUUAAAAGACGUUCUGCAAGAUGCUGGUCUGCAGCACCAAUACCCAGAGCCUUUCUAUCUUGCCAUACUGUUGCUCUGGCCAGAAAGAAAUGUCACCAGUGCUAGCAUUAAGCUAUAUGUUGAUAAAAUUAGAAGCUCUGCAAGAAAGAAUCUCUCUCAUAUGUACAGAACAAGGUCAACCAUUGCACACUUCUUCUUGGGAAAAUCUGAUGGAAUACAGAGGCUGGUGACUAAAGUUUCCCUUGACAGAUCUGAGAGUGUCAGUAGCGUGAAGUAUCGCAACAUUCUCUGGCAAACAGGAGAAAUCUUCAAGGAAAUCUCAAUAAACAGCAAGCUCCUCAGAGUGAGUGGUACAAUUGAACAAGGUGAGGUCUUCACAGAGUAUGGAAAUCUUAAGAUCCCAUUGCGUCCUGCAUUUCUUGGUGGAGUGAGAAGUGGCUACAGCACAGAGAAUGUGUCCUUCUACAUCGGCUUUGCCAUGGAUGGACCACUUGCUUACGAUAUUCAGUAUGAAGAUGACAGAUAGAUCAUUAUUUUUAAACAUUUAACCACACUUACCUAGAAAGCAGAAAAACACAUUUUGAAUGAAAUUAUAAUAAAAUGUACCUGUUUGUAUUUGA